AUGUCCACAUCUAUUCAUCCCAGCGGAGGCCGCCCUCUGGGCCCUCGCCCAAAUAGGGCACCGUCUCCGCUGCCGCCGACGGCGCCGUUGACGAUUCGUAAACACAAGCCGGACUCUACUCCAGCUUCGUCUUCCCCACUACAGAACUCUGAUCCUCCUCCUUCAGCGCCUGAGCCGCGCCGAGCUGUUCCAAAGCUGGGGCUUGUUUUGCCUGGAGCGCCUUCACCUGCCCCGAGUGGAUCCAAGCCAAAGCUGUCUCUCGCGCUGGGCGGCGGUGCGCCUGCACCGCGGGCCGUUGAGCCCGAUUCGCCGUCUGCAACGGGCUACGGACUCUUCUCGGGCGGUUACUAUGGCGGGCCAUCGCUUGCACCGCCCGCAAACGCGACUAAUGGCGGGGGCAGUACCACCAUCCGUCCUGGCGACCCAACGAUCAACGCAUCGCGCGGGCCGAGGGCGUACAGCAUGGAUGAUCUCUCGCGAACGAUCCAUGAUAUCGAGACUCGAGGGAGUGCAGCGGCAACACCUGAUCCGACUUCCACGACCGGCUCUGACAAGACUCGGCCCGAAAGCGGCGAAUAUGUUAUCGAACCGUACCCUUACACGGAAUGGAACGACGAUGUCUUCGAAGACACGCCGCGGGGAGAGGACACGCGGCUGGGCGAGGGUGCGGGUGGAGCUGUCAGCCAGGUCGUGGACAAGCGCACAGGCGUGAUCAUGGCUCGCAAGACGAUCCAGACUCGGGAGGCACCGAUGAAGCAGCUUCUGCGCGAGCUCAAUCUCAUCACUACGAUCUCACACCCGAACAUUAUUCGCUUCUAUGGUGCCUACAUGUCUCCUUCAAGCUCAGAGGUCAAGGUCGUGAUGGAGCUCUGCGAGGGCAAGUCUCUUGAAGCCGUUGGUCGUCGCAUCCGGGAGCGCGGUGCCCGAGUCGGAGAGAAGGUCGCCGGUAGACUAGCGGAAGGGAUCCUGCAAGGCCUUGCGUACUUGCGCUCCAAGGACCUCAUUCACCGGGAUAUCAAGCCGUCGAAUAUUCUCUUGGCCCGCGACGGAGUGGUCAAGCUUUGCGAUUUUGGCGUCUCCGGCGAGCUGAUCGGUUCCGUGGUCGACACGUUCACGGGGACAUCACUCUACAUGGCGCCUGAGCGCUUGCAGGGUUUGGAGUAUUCCAUUCGUGCAGAUGUCUGGUCCACCGGCCUCAGCUUGCUCGAGCUCGUACAGAACCGCUUCCCAUUCAGCGCGGACCUAGCGCCUAUCGAGCUCAUGAUUCAUAUCUCCUCCAGCGAACCACCACAGCUAGAAGACGAAGACGGCUUCACUUGGUCCGAUGCCAUGAAGGACUUUAUUCGGGAAACGCUGCGCGUUGACCCGGCUGAGCGCCCUACACCGAAGGACCUUCUUAACCACCCUUGGAUUAGGUCCAACAUGUCCUCACAUGUCAAUAUGGCACGCUGGCUGAGCGAGGUCUGGGGUUGGAAAUACGUGAAGCCGGAGAAAACGCGGCGGAGUGGGCACACAUCAACCUCGCGGCCAGGGACAAGCUCAAGCACGGGUCCGGCGCCCGCUAUCGAAGUUUCUGGACCAUGA